UGGCGUUAGUAUCGCGUCGCCUGCUCUGCAGGGAACACUGAAGCUGCGGCCCCCACCACUAACCACAAACUCAACCGUCCUAACCUACAAUAUCGCAGAGGCCGCGAACUUACCUCUUGUUUUCCCUCGUUUUUCUGAACCAACCGGGUGAUUCAGUGAAUGAAAAAGAACAAAGUGUCUGGUUUCGGUUGUAGUUUGAGGAUUGAUUGUAGAAUGAACUUGAUUUUGUAGUAGUUUAGGAGGACACGUGUAGAUUUAGGUUAGGACUUUGUUGUUGUGUGUCUCAUGUGUUGGAGUAGGACUGACGAGGAGUCAUUGAUGUUGAUCGAAGCAGAGGACGAGAUGCAGGACCAAGAGGCGGCGUCGACGACGGCUGCAGUGACCUUGGAAGGCGGCAGUAGCUCUGGGGGCGGCACGUCUGAUGACGCAGCACGAGCCGCCCUCCAGCGGUCUCUCCAGAGUGUGGCCCUCAGCCUCCAAACCGCCAUGAUGUCGUCCCUCCAGCAAGCAGCCCUGCUGCCCCCGGACUCCCCGGCAGCCACCGCCCUCAGCCUCCAGGCACUCGAGUCCUACCUGACACUGCACCGCCUCAGCACUUCUGUCAACUCCUCGCAACGCCUUCAAACCGUCACUCUACCCUCCAAAUCAUCCUCCUCAGAGGACUCUCAGAUUCUUCUAGAUGACCCGGAAGACGACAUCCUCAACCUCCCUCCCAGUCAACCUCCAUCACCUCCCGCCUUCCCCGGCAACGUCGAGAUCUCCUACCCCUCCCUCCUCCUCUACCAACCCUCACCAACCCCCACAGUCACCACCGACAAGACCUCAACUACACCCUCUACAACGAUCACUAGUUUCACGGACAAACCGGCAGCUGUGGCUGUUACUUCGACGCGACCGAAAAAGAAGUUCAUUUGCAAGUUCUGCAACCGGCAGUUCACCAAGUCGUACAACCUGCUGAUCCACGAACGCACGCACACCGACGAGCGACCCUACAGCUGCGACAUCUGUGGAAAGGCCUUCCGCCGACAGGACCAUCUCAGAGAUCAUAGAUUCAUCCACUCGAAAGAGAAGCCGUUCAAGUGCACUGAAUGCGGCAAGGGCUUCUGCCAGUCGCGCACACUUGCGGUGCACAAAAUCCUGCACCAGGAGGAAUCGCCGCACAAAUGUCCCGUCUGCAGUCGCAGCUUCAACCAGCGAUCCAAUCUCAAAACACAUCUGCUGACGCAUACCGACAUCAAACCCUAUAACUGCUCCGCUUGCGGCAAGGUGUUCCGUCGCAACUGCGACCUGCGGCGACACAGUCUCACGCAUAACCUCGGCGCGGCCGCAGUUGCCUCUGACGGAGGAUCGCAGUCGCAUGCGGCCAAUUUCACUAUAGACGCUAUCAUUAGUGCAGAGAAAGCGUCCUAGGUUCUGUGAUGCGAUCAUACCUUGUACAGUAGCCUAAACUUUCCGUUAUGUGCGUUUAAGAUAAAAAAUUGUAGCCUGAAAAUUUGUCUAGUGCGAUUUAUAUCAAGAACUGUAUCAGUGAUUUGUUCAGUUUCUUACUUUAUGCAGUAGCCCAAACUUUCCGUUCUGUGUGAUUAAUAUGAAAAAAAUUGUAGCUUAAACAUAUUAAUUUAUCCUUGCGAUUUAUAUAGAGAAUUGUAUAGUAGCCCACACUUUCCGUCCAGUGCCAUCAAAAUCAAACAUUGCCUGGUAGAUUAAACAUUUCUAGUGUUAUUCUCAUCAAGAUCUGUAUUUUAGCCUGAAAUCCACGCUGUUUUACUACUGUAUACUAUAGUAUAGCAAGAACAUACUGUAUGACCAAAUCAGACUGUAUGAUCAAAUAUGCUAUAGAGAGGUCCACGUUAUAAUGGCAGUGUUUGAUUAGCAAUGGUAUUGCUAUCCUUGUCUAUCAUUCAACAAAGCGGAUAGCGCUAUCUCUUUCUCGCUUUGCUCUGUUGCCAGAUCGUCUCUUAACAAAAUGAAAUUCAUAAUCAAUUAACAAAAUAUUUCAUCUUAAUUAUGGAAAUUCAUUAUGGAUUUUUUUUAAAAUAUAAUUUCUUGCCUAAUUAAAUAUAAUUAUUGAUUAUUUUAAACGAGAAUGAACCGUCAAUAUUACAUCAAUAAACCUGUAUCAACUACCGUCUAUAGAAGGAAUUGACAAAACAGAGAAUCGGCAACGUUUUUCUCCUAUCUUUCUCCACUGUCAUUAUUUCGUGGACCUCACUACAGUAAUGAUUCAUUUUGUACAAUAAUUGUGGACAGAAUAAUAAUAAAUUUUCAAUAGUUCCUUACAUUAUAACUGGAGAGGACUAAAUAAUAUCAUAGAGAAACAAUAGCGUAAGUAGAUAUCCCAUUGUAUAGGGCGUUCAUGUUGCAACUUUUACUGUUAUCUCAAGCCGAUUACUGUCGUUUAUUGUCGAUUUUUGGGGUGAGAGUGUAUGAACGGCACAGUAUGAGAGACUGGGAGCGUCACACAGCUUUACGGGAAAGAACUAUGUGGACUAUCGGCUCGAGGAAACAGUAAAAGUUGCGACAUAAACGUCCUAUACCAUGGGAUCAUGGGAUAUCUACUUAAGCUAUUGUUUCUCUAUGAUAAUAUUCUGUCCAGUACAGAACUUAAACAGCAACCUUAGUAUCUAACCAUCCAACUUAUAGGUCUACAGUAAUCUAAACAUUCGGUUUGCUGCGAUUGAAAACAAACAUUAUACAUGUAUAAAAACAAACAUGUAUGAAUAUUGUAAUUGUGAAAUUUAAAGGUAAAGUGUAUAAUAUAUAUAGUCGUUGUUGAUUCAUUUUUUCUCACUGAUAAAUGCUAUUGUUUGGGAUAGGGAAACACAGUUUUAUUUUUGUAGCAUCCUCAUUUAUGUGACAAAAAAACACAAUUCAUAUUCAACAGAUUGGAAUAGACUUGAUUGGUGAUGAAUUUUUGAAAUUCCGGUAGAUUUAUAGUAUUAUAUUUGUUUCUUGUACACUAUAUCACGUUCUGUAAAUGAAUGCUAGCAAUAAUUCAACUUUGAACAACGAAGUGACGAUAAUAGUUAGUGCCUUAACUUGCUCAAAUUUCUUGUCCAGAAAGACACAUUUCAAGAAAGAAAACAUAUUCAUGAAUGUGUUUGCUUCUUGAUAAAGAAAUGUGUGUUCAUAUCAUGCUGAUAAAACUGGUUGGCAACAAAGUGACAUUGUCUGAGAAUAGUCAUUUCCAACCUCUCUUGAUCUUAAACAAGACCUGACUAUACAAUGAUUAAGCACUAAUUGUACAGUGACUCUAGUAUUAAUCUGAAGAAAAUUAAUAGUUACUCUCAUAUGAAAACGUUUGUACAUAGGUCUCUUAGAAGUUGUGACUGUUUUUAUAAGAUUCAUAUUUAUAUUUUUAUAGUACUUGUGAUAAUACUUCAAAAUGAAUGGAUAGGCUUAUAAUAAUAGUUUUCAAUGUUUGAUUAUUCAGAGUUGUGAUAAAACAGAGAAAUAACGUUAAUAGAAUACUGAGCUCCUCAGAUAUCGUACUGGAGAGCAGGAGAUUGAUAUUUUUUCACAUAAUCAUAGUUGACAUUUUCAUUUUAUUGUUAGUUUGGAAAUGAGAUCAAUUUCUGCAAUAUUUAUACAGCCUGCCUAAUCUAUAUUAAUUUUCAGCAGAUCAAUGUUUUUUCAGGCCAUCAUUCAUAGUUGACAGUUUUGGUUUGAAAAUGAGAUGAAAUUCUUCAAUAUUCAUACAACCUGCCUAAUCUAUAUUAAUUUUUCGUAAAUUGUAUUAAUUAGCUGACUUGACAAUCAAUUUAGUCUGUAAUAAGUUGUCUAUUGUCAAUUAUUGUAAAUAGAUGAAAAAUUAUCUAGUGUAUGUACUUUAUAAAAUGAUGAAUGUAAGUUAUCCAUGUGAAUAUUUGAAUAUCGAGAUUUUGAUGAUAUAAAAUAGAAUAAAAUGUUGCAUAGAAAAAUUA